UCUAUUCUUGUAAGGCAUCACUUUAACCCAUCUUUUCCGUACCUUCUCCUUCACUCAAUUUCAUAUCUCCUUCUCAUUACUUAUACGUAUCAAUCCCUCUUACCUCUCACACUCCCAAUAAAAUUCUAAAAACCAGGCUCAAGAGAGAUCAGAGAAGCAUGGUUGAAGGAAAAAAUAAGAACAGGAUCAUGGAUGAAGAAUCAAGUAGUCAUGAUCAACAACACCGGCCUCUGCUAGGAGAUUCAAGACCCCAGACCAAUCAGACUAACUUCAUACAGAAUGCCAUUAGCCAGACAUUUCGAAGCACAGCCCAUUUGGCUAAUCUUCUUCCCACAGGGACAGUGCUUGCAUUCCAACUUCUAUCCCCCAUCUUCAGUAAUCAAGGUCGGUGUGACGAUGCCAGCAAGUUCAUGACAACAGGCCUUGUGAUCUUUUGUGGUCUGUCAUGCUUCCUAUCAUCCUUUACAGAUAGCUUCAGAGAUGACAAAGGAACAGUUCAUUAUGGACUAGCAACCUUAAGAGGAUUGUGGGUCAUUGAUGGGUCUGCCACCAUUUCUCCUGAGAUGGCUAAAGAAUUUCAGCUUAAGUUCAUUGAUUUCUUGCAUGCCUUCAUGUCAGCACUGGUUUUUGCUGCUGUCGCACUGUUUGAUACGAAUGUUGUGAAUUGUUUAUACCCCACACCAUCUGAAGAGACAAUGGAACUCCUAACAGCAAUUCCAGUUGGGAUCGGUGUCUUUGGCAGCGCGUUUUUCGUCACUUUCCCUACCACUCGUCAUGGAGUUGGCUUCCCUCUCUCUCCUCGCUAAUCUCUCUGUCGUUUUCCAUUUUCCUGUCUGUUCUCAACAUAAUAAAAAAUAAUAUCAUUCAGCUGUGCCACUAUUAAUGUUGUAACCAUGU